AUAGAAGAAGUUUUUGGCAUACACAAAGUUAAAGUCCUCUCCAUCAUCACCCCACUAAAAUAUUUUCCCAAAUUUUUUCAAUUCCCAUAUCUUACUCCAUGGCUAGAGUUCCCAUCUUUGCUCCCAAAUUCAUCAUUCUCUCACUCAUCUUUUCCUUUGCCACAAUUUUGGUCAAUGGAGAUCAAGAUCACGAAUUUGUGAGAAGCAUGGACAGGAAGCUAUUAGGGCUCAAGAAAGAAAAGCUCAGCCAUUUCAAAGUAUAUUGGCAUGACAUCCUUACAGGCCCUAACCCUAGUUCCAUCCAAGUUGUGCCACCAUUGAACACUUCAAUAACAGCUUUUGGGUUAGUGAGAAUGAUCGAUAACCCUUUAACCUUAGGGCCUGAAAUGAGCUCAAGGAUGGUAGGAAAGGCGCAAGGGUUUUAUGCACAGGCAUCACAACAAGAUCUUGGCUUGUUAAUGGCCAUGAACUUUGCUUUUAUUGAAGGAAAGUAUAAUGGUAGCACUAUCACUGUUCUAGGGAGGAACGAAGUGUUCUCGACCGUGAGAGAGAUGCCAGUGAUCGGAGGAAGUGGACUUUUCCGGUUUGCUAGAGGUUAUGUUCAGGCAAGAACUCACAUGGUUGAUCUCAAGACAGGAGAUGCUACAGUUGAGUAUAAUGUCUACGUUUUUCAUUAUUGAUGAUUAGGUCCUUUUCUUACCUCUUUUGCUUGGUUUUUAUUCGAUUAUAUUUGCUUUAAUUUACGAGGUUCUACAAUCUAUUUUCAAUAAUGUUGACCUCUUUCGAUGCCUACUUCCAUGCUGGUGGUGUAAUUAAUUGCCUUCGUUUUGGGCAAUUUAUUUAGAAAUAUUUCUCAUGA